AUGAGAAAUUGCCAACAACUUUCAUCAUUUGUUUAUUGUUGUCUUAUCACUAUAGAUGAUAAGAUUUCUUUCAAUGAUAAAGGUGCAUAUUGUUUCCAUCAAAAAUUUACAAAUCUCACAAAUUAUUUUUAUGCAAAAAAUAUGUUUAUCACACAUACAUGGCAAACAUUAUCAAAUGAUGAAACAAUUAUCAUGCUUCAAAAUAUCACUGGCACAUACAGUAUACUUGAUAUAAAACAUGGCAUUUUAAUGCCUAUUUUGGACAAUGAAGAUUAUGCAAAUUUAACACCAAUAACAUCCUUUUUUGGAAUGGAUAAUACUGAAGAAUUAACUGAACUUGCUCAAGAUGAUUAUAAAUUUUAUAUUUGCGAAUAUCUUCGUGAUUCACAACAUCGUUUUCUCCUACAAGAAUGUUAUGAAACACCAUUGCUCAAAUUGGAAAAAGUUUCGCAUAUCAAAUUUUGUGCUAAUCCAAUCUAUCAAGCAAUCAUUCAAUUGAAUAAUAUUUCCAUAAAUGUCAAAUGGCAAUUACAGGUAAUAUAUGCAUCCAUAAAUGAUGUCAUUGAUAAUAACAUUUAUAUUGUUGAUUCAAUUGAUUUAAUCAUCGAUCAACAAAUUUCAAUGAUUUGUUCACCAUUUAAUAUUGAUAUUUAUUUUGUUACAAAUAAUUCUCUCAUACAUUAUGCUAUUGAUUUACCUAAAAUUGAUGGUGAAACAUUAAUUGGCAAUUAUUUUUGA